AGCAGUGCGGCUGGAGAGCUCGGGGUCAUUCGCAAACAAGAUGCUUUACAUGAACACGCAAACUUUAUAAAGGAAGAAAAGAAAGUGGUCAUUUUUUUAAACAUGUUGUUUUAUCAGUCGCACUUCAAAGUUGACACUCGUGGAGUUGAUUUAUGCGUUCACGGACGAAGAUGAAUAUGCAGAAAAAAUGACAGCUCCUGUGUUGAAUUCAGAAUCUCCAUGGUGGACCAACAUCACCAACCAAACGAACCCGGACCAGAAGCAGACAUGUGACAGCAGCGAGAACUUCAAAUAUUUGGCCUACACCAUCACAUACAGCGUGGUGUUCCCCAUCGGACUCAUCAGCAAUGUCGUGGCUUUGUUCGUAUUCUUUCGUCUCACCAAUAAGAAGACGGCCAACACAGUUUUUAUGAUUAACUUGGCCAUUUCAGACGUUGGCUUUUCUUUGACGUUGCCCCUACGUUUGGUUUAUUACUUCCGAGGCUGUCAUUGGGAUUUCUCGGACUGGCUUUGUCGCUGGUGUGUCUUUUCCUUUUACGUCAAUCUUUACACCAGCGUUCUGUUUCUGACGGGACUCAGUGUGUUACGCUACAUUGCUGUGCUUCACCCCUUAAAAGUCGUCUAUUUGGUCUCUGUGCGGAAGGCCAGCGUGGCGUGUUUGGCCAUCUGGAUCUUCGUGUCUUGUUUGUCGUCACCUUUCCUCAUGUCAGGUACGAUACUGCGGCAGAAUAAGCUGCGCUGUUUUGACCCUGGAAACGACACGUCCUGGAAUCGCAUCUUUACUCUAAACUAUGUUGGGGUUUCGUUUGGAUUCGUUAUUCCUUUCAUUACAAUAUUAGUCUGCUAUAGCUGCAUUAUCCACAAACUAGCCACGAAAGGGAAAGAUUUGAAGAUGAACAAGCGGGAGCACCGCACGGUUUAUUUGAUCGUAGUUGUGCUCAGCACCUUCCUCUUGUGCUUUCUGCCGUAUCACGUGGUGCGAACGGUUCAUCUCCAUGCGGUGGUGUCAAAGAAGCCCUGUCCGCUGGUGGAGAUGUGGCUGAAGGUUCUGGUGGUCUCUCUCUGCACGGCGGCGUCCAACAGUUGCUUCAAUCCUCUGCUGUAUUACUUUGCAGGAGAAAACUUUCGCACAUCCAUUGGCAGAGUGUCAAAAUUUCGAAGAGUCAAUUCCAGCACAAGGUCGAGAAGGGGAACGCGUAAUUCUAGCAUCAACAACAAUUCGCAGAAACAGCAAAGCUACAAGGGUGCCAGGCAAGCCUAUAGAGACCACGCAGACCCCAGCGGGCUGGCCGAAAACAAGGAGUAGCAGACCAAGUCAAGAAAUGCAAACCUUUAGAACUUCAUUGCUCUGAAUGUAAGAGAAGGAGGGGGAAAGGUCAUUAGCACAUCAUCACAACCCUCACUCCUUGCAUCAGAUCUGAACUCAAAAACUUCUCAAGACAGCAAAUCACAGACCAGACGGAAACGGGAAAUGUAAAAGUAAAUUCAGUGGAACAUUGAGUGGAAGUUUGUUUACUCUCAUCACAGUCUGUUUGAUAGAAGACAGGAUGAAAAAGGUCAAAUUAACUAUCACAGUGUAUAUAUAAUCCACACUUUGAGAGUUUUUAACAUUGGCGAUUUUUCUGUGUUGUAAAUAAGUAUUAUUAUAUCCUGUUAUUAUUGGCUAGCCAUGUAUUUAUUAAAUAUAUCCUCCCUGGGUAAAAGCAUCAAUGCAAACUCUACAGGACGAGUUUGAUUAUAAUACAUUAUACACAGUAUAUUAGAAAUGACAUCUCUUCCCUCGGUUUUGUUCUACAUUAAUGGUGUGAAAUGAAAUGUUUACUGAUGAAAUAUAUUUAACAAUAAAAUAGCUUGUACAAUCAACAA